CAGACGCUUGUGCUUGUGUGUAUUGUGUAUUGGUUGACGUCUGUCUCUGUACUGACAAGUAAACAAAGUGGUUUGUGACAUAAGUACAAUACUAAAAGGAGUUGUUUUUGUGUCAUCUAAGGAUCCCUGAAGUGUGAAAAUGGCUUGGCGAUUUAAAGCAUCCAAGUUUAAGAAUGCCGCUCCCAUCGUUCCCAAGCCUGAGGCUUGUAUUAGAGACAUUUCUGUGGGCUCCUAUCAGACUUAUGGAAACAACAUUACUGCUUCUGCUGCGUUUAUGGCCUUCAAUGUUGACCACAACGGCUCAAGUUUGGCAGUUUUACCAAUCGAUGACUGUGGGAGAAAAAGCAAAACAAUGCCGUUACUGUACGCUCACACAGAUACAGUAACGGACAUGGACUUUUCGCCGUUUCAUGACGGAUUACUUGCUACAGGAUCUCAAGACUGUCUGGUAAAAGUAUGGCACAUCCCAGAGAAAGGAUUGGAAGAGAACUUGACUGACCCCGAGUUGACGUUUUCCCACAAGCAGCGACGGGUGGAGACCGUCAACUUUCACCCGACAGCCAACUGUCUGCUGUGUACCUCGUCUUUCACAACAGUCACCCUGUGGGACGUCACCGCAGAGAAGGAAUUGUAUAGUAACAGUGAACACACAGAUGUAGUGCAAUCAGUGAGUUGGAAAACUGAUGGAAGAUUGUUGGCGACUUCCUGCAAAGAUAAGCAACUUAGGGUUAUAGAUCCCAGAACCACUAAACACCAAGUGACGCACACAACCAAUAGUCAUCAGAGCAUCAAAGACUCCAGAGUGGUGUGGUUGGGAGAUACCAACCGAAUAUUGACAACUGGCUUUGACUCGGCUCGGCAGAGAGAAGUCUACAUCAGAGAUAUAAGAAACUUCAGCCAACCAGAAAAAGUUCUGGUUUUGGAUAGCUCUACUGGAAUCCUCAUACCUCUGUAUGAUCCGGACACAUGCAUGCUGUUUUUGGCCGGGAAGGGAGACACAACCAUAUCCUACAUGGAAGUUAUUGACAGGGACCCUUACCUGGUGGAAGGUAUUCGUCACUCUGGUGAGCAGACUAAGGGAGCGUGUCUGGUGCCUAAGCGAGCACUGAAUGUGAUGCAGGCUGAGGUCAACAGAGUUCUACAAUUGACCUCUUCAACUGUCAUCCCUAUCACUUAUCAGGUCCCUCGUAAGUCGUACCGUGAUUUCCACGGAGACCUGUUCCCAGAGACGGCAGCUGCAGAAUCGUUUAUGACUCCGGCAAACUGGUUACAAGGUGCCGACACUCAGCUGGCUAAAAUAUCCUUGGACCCCAACAACAAACAGCUUGUGCAGGUUCAUCGAGGACCACUAGUAGCAGUGGGUCAGUUGUUGCUAGAGAAAAACCAAAAUCAAAAACCACAACCGAUCAAAACAAUGGAAACAGCUCAGAAACCGUACCGCAACAACAUCGCUGCCGCUAGGAAUCUAUUCGAGAAGGAUAACAACGAGACAAACGAACAGAAGAACAAAAAUGUCGAGUUGAUCAAGGAACAAAAUGAUAAUGAAGACAGCGAAAAGAUAAUUCAAAACGGGAACAAGUCGGAGAAUGUAACUCCUCCGAAACCUUUGCCUAGAAGGACCAACUCGCUGUCAGAAAGCGAUGAUGUGCCGGUGCAGAAGCCCGUGGCCAGACCUAGGACAAACUCUGUAAUAACCACAUCUGCUCCUCUCACCGUUGCAACUGACAAACCCUCCACCACCAAUGCACCCAGCACUCACUCUCCGAACAUUAACAUUCCAACCACGUACAAGCCAAGAUUGGGACCCAAGCCGUUCACACCUCCCAAGUUAAACUUGGACAACUCCAAUAGCGCCAGUGAGUUAGACAGAGUGUUCUCAGUACCCUCAGCUCCUUCUCCUGCGCCGGCUGUCAACGGAGCUAGCAACGGCAGCCCUCCACCUACAGUGACUACCCCUACCCCUACGCCGACACCUACCCCUACACCUAUACCGACACCUACUGCGACAACUGCACCUCCACAACAAGAAGACGUGACCAAUGGAGAAGAAGAAACUUUAGAUGGAGGAGGGGAAGGAGACGUCACACCCAGCACUGCCGAGAGAGUACGACUGUGGGCCGAGGUAGAGAGGAGGGGAGGAGACGGAGACACAAGUGGGGGAGCUGGAGAAGAUGAGUUAGAAGGACUAGAGAGAGGGGGAACUCGCAGCAGCAUCGCGGAGAGAAGGAGACUGUACGAGAACAGAUCCAUGUCUGUGGUAGAGCAACCUGUAAGUCCGUCGCCCACUCCACUGCGUCGACGGGACUCACUCAAGCAGUCUAAGUCAGGAGGUACACUGAAAGAAGAAGACGGGAAUGUUAACAAGAGAAAUUCGUCGAUUAAUCCUAGCAAAAAUGAUUCUGUGCCAACAACGCCAGCUCCCAAACGCACUUCAACUGUCUUCGGUCGUGUUUCCAAGUUUCGCCACUUGAAGGGUACACCAGCUCACAAGUCUGCUCAUAUUGAGAACAUUCGAAAUCUGUCAAGGCAAAUUUCAGGCGAAUGUGACGGCUUUCAUGCCAACCCAGAGAGAGUGGCUGUCCCGUUGAGUGGUCCGGGAGGCAAGAUAGCAGUGUUUGAGUUGUCCAAGACGGGGAAGUUGCCUGAUGGAGUUAUACCUGCGUUGGUCCAUGGCAACAAUGUCAUGGACUUUGCUUGGGACCCUUUCAACAACAGAAGACUCGCUGUCGCCUGUGACGACGGCACCAUCAGACUAUGGGUGAUACCAGAGGGAGGUCUGACUGAGCCCACAAACACUCCUGACUCUGUGCUCGAGGGACACUCGGAGAAGAUUUACUUCAUCAAGUUCCACCCGCUGGCACGUGAUGUGUUGGCCACUGGCUCCUACGACAUGACUGUGCGCGUCUGGGACUUGUCUGGCACUCACCAGCCUAUCACACUGACAGGACAUUCCGAUCAGAUGUUCUCGCUGGCCUGGUCGUCCAGUGGUGACAGAUUGGCCACAGUGUGUAAGGACGGAGUACUGAGGGUGUAUGAACCACGUCACUCGUCUACACCAGUGGCCGAGGGCAAGGGUCCCGUCGGAUCACGAGGCGCUCGCGUCACUUGGGCACUCGAGUCCAACUUCAUCGUGGUCACUGGGUUUGACAAGGUAUCAGAAAGACAGAUCAUGGUUUACCAGAGAGAUGAUCUGAACAAUCCAUUGGGUACUGUAGGACUGGACGUGUCUCCUGCCAUUCUCAUACCUUUCUACGAUGAAGACAGUUCUACACUAUUUUUAACUGGCAAGGGAGACUCUACGAUCUAUGCGUUUGAGGUUUGUUGUGAAUCACCGUACCUGUGUCCGUUGAGUCAUCAUCGCUGCUCCUCGCUGCACCAAGGCCUCAGCUUCCUGCCGAAGCAAUCGUGCGACGUGACAAUCGUAGAGUUUGCCAAAGCGCUACGUCUCACCAACACCACCAUAGAGCCCCUGUCCUUCACCGUGCCCAGGAUAAAGAGUGAUUUGUUCCAAGACGACCUGUUCCCCCCCACCAAAGUGAUGUGGGAGCCAACCAUGACUGCGACUCAGUGGUUCAGUGGAGCCAACAUACAACCACGACGUGUCAGUCUCAAACCUGAGGGCAUGGACAACUUAUCAGAGGCGCAAGGGUCGGCUAGCACAGUGUCUCCAAGUAACAAAGAGCAGACGACGGUCAAGCCUCCCCCUCCCACGUCUCACAGUAGACUAGCCUGGACACCCGACCUGGUGGCCUCUACCAAGCAGAAGCAAGAACAGAUUCAGAAGUCAGUUAGUAGCAGGAUGGAAGUGAACUUGAAACUUGAGCAAGAUCAGAUGGAGGGGGUGGAUGAACGAGAAUGGGACGAGUAAAAGUGGUUUUACUAUCAACAGCCUUGGCAACCAAACAGAAAAAAGACAUUUCAACAAUAUCUUUCACCAGUCAUGUCACCGUUUUAGUUAGGUCUUCGUCAUGGAUGUAGCUUCCUGAAUGUCUACUGUGUUGCUUUAAUUUUGCAAUCUUGGUUACCUUAUUUUUCCUAAGCUUAUUAUAGUGCCAUAAGCCCUAUGAUAUUAAUGUUCUCCCAUGUUGGUUUUACUUUUUUACUAUGAACAUUCCACUGUGUUUUACAGUUUUUUUGCUAACCUUAGGACAAUAAUUGAAAGUAUUACUUAGAUAAUCUAAAAUGUCGUUACUGAUUUGAGGAUUUUUCCAUAGGCUUGUGUGAAUAUUGGUUACAUAGCUUAAAUAAGAGAAAGUAUGAUUAUUAUUUUCUGGCCACAUCUAAGACUUCACCUCAUUGAAUAUUGGCUACAACUUUAUACAACUUCAUUAUUUUUGAAACACAACUCCAGAUAAUCUCCACAUUUUUAAACCUAGACUAUCCAUAUUAUCUGACAUACCUACAGAACAUUAAAAAGGAAGUAGUCUUCUCUAAAAAUAGAAAUUGGUUAUGCCCAAAAAGUGAAGAAACCCUCAUUAGAAAAUGCCAUUAAACUAUUAAACAUUACAUAAUUGCUGUGUCCCAGGAUGUUACAAGUACGUUUAUUGUAAUUUAGUAAUUUUUUCCACUAAAGAUUGAUUUUGCUUCAACUGUUGAAAAUGGAAUAAUUGGUAAAUUGUUUUUAUUUUAAUAAUCUCUAUUCACACACCUAUAAUAAGUCGUCUUACCAAUUAUAAUACAAAAAUUAUUGCUCAAAUUAACAUCUCAAAAUGUUAUACUCAAUAUGUUUGUAAAAGAAAUUUCUUCACUUUUCACACCUUUUUAAAGUGUGAAAAUUUUCCAUUUGCAGCAAUGUAUUUUUUUACACGCUGUAUUCCAGUUUCUUUUAAUAAAUGCAAAACAAUUUUUUAUUCAGUAAAAUAAAUAAAGGUUUUUGCUACAGGAACGUGUUCAACUUAUAAAUAAUCAGUGAUAUUAAAAGAUAUUAAAAAGACAAAAGUAAUUAUUUGCAAAUGGGAAAAGACUACUUGUGUGAUAUAACAUUAGGAGAAAGAAUUGUUUAUUUUUUUACGUUAGCGUGCAGUAUUAGUAUAGUUUUUUUUUUACUUUAUCAAACGAAUACAAUAUGCAAUAUUAUGCAUAAAUAAAUGCAACGAUCAUAUUCCAAACCUUAUGUGUUACUGACACAUAUUCCUAAUUUUAAUUCACAUAGUUAUUGAUUAUGUGAGUCUACCCAACUUGUACAAUAUGAUAAACAUACUGUGAUUGAAUUUCUUUGUUUUGUGUCGACUGUCUUACUAACUUAUGUUAUUGUCUAGUCUAUGUUUUAAUUUCUUACUUUUGUAUACAUAUUUAAAGCUUUAAAGUUUUGUAAGGUUUUCCGAUACAGAAAUCACAGAAGAAACCAAAUAAGCCCAAGUAAAAGUUUAUGUAUUCGUACACUUUGAUUUUGUAAAACUUAUCAUGCUUAUAGCCUUAAACUAAUGAUUUGCAAGAAUUUGUCCUUAUGUAUCUACUGAUUCUUCAACCAAACCUAUUUUUUAUGUAAUCAUAUUAGUGUGGAGUUCUGAUUUUUCGAGCUAUUUUAAUGAGCUUUUAACAAAAUGUGGUAAUGAUUCUAGCUUAGUAACACUGGUUUCAGUUAGUAAGGAAUACAUUUUUAAUUUUAAUAUAACUGUAUUAGUGUAUACAAAAAUCAUCCCCUAUCAAUAGAAUACUUAGAGAAACGAAUGAAAGCUAACACAAAUAAUCCCCUCGAUUAAUUAUAUUGAUUUUCAGGUUUAAAACGCAAGAUAUCUUAUACAAUGAUUUUAAUGUAGGGGUUGUCUAUAAUAUUAUUUAGAAUUUUAGCUCUCUAGUUCUGUCAUAAGCAACCAUCCAUUAUUUGGUUCUUACCAUUUUACAUCUAAGCUAUAAUUUUACUCCAAGUUUGGUACGAGAUGUAGCUGUUUUUGCACUUGCGUGGUUUUGUUUUGUUAGCAUUCACUCUUACUCUUGCACUCUAAGGGACCACAAUUUUGUAACCAGUUGUAAAUCAGACUCAGGCGGAACUUUUUUGUAUAUAAAACACUGUUAAUACAUAAUUCUAAAAGCCUUGAAAACAUAUGGCUUUCUGUGGAGGUAUCUCCAAAACAGGGAUGGUUCUCAUGGUUUAUGAGAGCUUUCUCUUUAUACUUGAUAGGUGAAAAUACAGAUUUAGAUUGACUUUUAAGCAUCGGGUGGAUUAUCGCAAAGUUAAGCCGUUAGCAAUUGAUAAGAUUUUAACCUGGGCAUUCAGAGGUUCCAAGUUCUUACCAACAUACCAAGCUUUGAAAACUUGUACAACUUUUAUUUUAUAAGUACUGUUAUGAUGAAAUGUUGAGGUUUAAUCACACAUCCAAAACAUACUACCACUUUAAAAUUAUACAGCAUUUAUUUGUUCUUAAGGAUAUAAAACUUGUCAGUUUCAAAUUAGAGUAAGACUACCAUUUAGAAACUGUUUAGGCACACUUCAAAAAUCUUCACAAAGGGUUAUUUAUUCUAUUGUAACAAUAAAUUCUGUAUUUCUAGACUUAAGAAAAGAGUGAAUUUGUAUAAACAAAUUUCUAUAUUUUACCCUAUAUCUUCAAACUGUUCAACCCAAUUUAAAUUUAUUUUGUACUCUUCCCCAAUCAUAACUACGCAUUUUCUUAUUGAGUUCUAUUACGGUUCCAAGCUUGUUUAAAAAUAAGUUCUUUUGCUAAACUCUUAAAAUAUGACCACUUGUUUUACGCUAAUGCACUAAAACAUUCCUUAAAACAAAACUUGGGACAACGGAACUACAGUUUAUGCAUAGAAUAAAAGUGAAGGACAUUACCAAAUUAGCCCCCUGGUAUUAUUAAUGCUCAACACAAAAAGUACACCAGUGUUAAUUUUUAAUGGUGAUCGCCUAGAGGUAGAAUAGUAGAGCUCCCCUUCAGACAUGACAGUAGAUUAGAAAAGUUUUUGUACUUGAGUUAAGUGCCAUUGUCUAUGUUGUGACCAUGUAUUCAACCCAAAGUCCAGAUCUGUCUUACAGAGUUAGAGAUGAUCUGAAUUUUCUAAACUUGAUGAGGGGAGGCAUUUUAGUAGACAUAAGCAGUAGAAGCCUACGUCAGUAGUAUUGGGUUUGUAGAAUGGUUACUUAAUUUCAAAUGUUUGAAAAUUGAACAUUCCAUGAGUCAUAAUUUUCAUAGUGUAGGCCUGAAAAGCUUGUUUGGAAGAUUUGCAUGGUUUAUCUAAAUUUACAAUUUAUGUAAUUACUCUUCUAUUUGUAUGGAUUUAUUUAAAAAUUAUAAUACGUACACAUGACAAAAACUGACUGCACAUUGUAAAUAUACUUUUAUAACGAUAUUACGGUUGAUAAUGUUUACACUGCAUUUAAUUGUUCUUCACUUUGUUUUUCUCUAUUCUAGUCAUUUUAAGACAUUGCUGCUUGUUUAACAUGAACAAAAGAUUUGUAUAAUCAUUAACAUAAAUGAUGUACUAAGUAAUGUAUAAAAAAUUGUAAUUUUAGUAUAUAUCAAUAUUGUUUUCGCUUAGAAAUGUGUGGUGGUGCUAAGAUAGGAAGCUGUUUGAUGUAUUCUUUGCUGAAGAUGGAAUAUUUUAAGUGUGGGUGUUAUUUUGUAGAUCGCUGCCUAUUGUCAGUCUUAUAUUGUUUACUGUAUUUGCUAUUUAUAAAACAUUUAUACUUGAAUAAAAUAAUCAUUACUGUAA